AUGCUUCUGCACCCAGUCAAUCCUAACACUAAGAAAGUUACAUUUGACUAUUUGAGUGACUGUCUUGGGCUUGGUAAUAUAUAAUAGCUUCCUUGAACUGCCUUCCACUCAGCACAACAACACCUUUCUGUGUUCUAACCUCAAAUUUCCUCCCUCAACAUUCUUUCUUGAAGUAUUCUCCCUCUGACUAGAGAGUAAUACAGUAUGAUCAAUUCCAAGGAGCUCAUCAAAAUGGUAAGGAAGUGGCAGAAGGUAGCUGCAAUUGGGAGGAAAAGGAUCUCCUUGCAAAGGACCAACAGAGAUGUGGAUGCUGACUGUUGUAGUACAUCAUCAGUGGCUGAUAAGGGGCACUUUGUUGUUUACAGUUCUGAUAGGAGACGCUUCAUGAUUCCCUUGAUGUAUCUCAAUACUGAAAUCUUCAGAGAGCUUUUGCAAAUGUCUGAGGAGUUUGGGAUACAAAGUGAUGGCCCCAUCAUACUGCCAUGUGAUUCAGUCUUCAUGGACUACAUAAUCUCGUUUGUUCAACAUGGUGUUGCAAAAGACUUGGAGAGAGCCUUGAUUAUGUCUAUAGCUUUCAGAAACUGUUCAUCUUCUUCACACUUCCUUCAAGAACAAAAGUACAAUAAACAAGCACUACUAUGUGCCUACUGAAGCAAUUAGGCUCAAAUUUUGUAAAUCAUCCAUACAAUUUAGUUUCAUAUAUACGUCAAAAUAAUUUUCCUAAUA